AUGUUCGAAGAAUCCUCUUCAAAAACAGUUUUUCUCCUUUCUAUAGUUUCCUGUGCUUCUCUAGCCUCCCUCAUAAUACUGAUACCUAUAGCACAUUUUUCGAUGCAACGACGGCUUUCUUUGCUAAUUUCUGUUGCUAAUGAAUGCAAAUUGGAAUCCAAAAAUUUAUGGAAUGAUUUAAACAGAAAUAGUUAUAAAAUUGAAAGAUUUCGAAGAGAGACUGGUAAUAAUAAUUAUGCAAAAUUUGAACAAGCAGAGAAGGAGAAUUUAUGUUGCAGCCCCGGACCCCCCGGAAAGGCAGGAAAACCUGGAAGACCAGGAACAGACGGAACACCAGGGAAGUGGGGAUGGGGCGGAAGACCAGGGAAAUACAUUGCAGCAUCGAAGGAUGAAUCAGCGUCAGAUUCUUGCCUUAAAAUCGGCUUCCCGGGUAUUAAAGGCCCACCAGGCGACCCAGGCCGAGUUUUGAACGGUGCUCCUCCAGGGCCUCAAGGUGCUAUUGGAUUGCCUGGCCCUCGAGGCCCUCCAGGAAAGAGUGGCAAGGACGGAGAAUGGGGAAUGCCUGGCAGUAAAGGAAUGAGAGGUUUAAUGGGUCCGAGAGGUGAAUUCGGAGUUGUUGGUAUGCCUGGGCCGCAAGGAUCGCCGGGGGAGCCUGGUCCAGCAGGAGGCUGUUGGCACUGUAAACAAGAUUCCUUCUAUCAACAACAAACAACCUCAAAAUAUCAUUACUCAAUACCCCCCGCCCCAGUAACAUCACCUCCUCCCCCACCACCAACCCUAAUCCCAAUAAAACAAGACUUGGCCAACUACAAUUUAGCAACAGAACAACCCUUAUUUAAGCCUAUAAAGGAGGAGCAAAAUAAAGCAUUUGGACAAAUACAGAUAAAUAAAAUAUCAUCAUUACCAGCCUCCUCCCCUUCAAUAGCCUCUUCCCCUUCAAUACCUAUACAAAUGUUUCCGCCUAGCUACGAAAAGGAAGAACAAAUAAAAUUUCAGAAGAAAGGCCCUAUUCAACUGGCUACAUUUUUUGGUUAUGGAAUAGGGGGGAAUUAUGGGAGGAAUGGAAAUAAUAAUGAAAAUAUACCAAAUAAAAUUACUAAAUUUGGAAGAGAAGAAGAAAGCAAUAAUGAUGAAUUUAUUGAUGUUACUAAUAAUGAAAAAAUUGAUGAGAAAGAAGGAGCUGUUCUGGUUAAUUGA